AUGAAGGCCACUGUUGCUGCCAUUUCUGCCGUCUCGCUUGCCGUAGCUGGCAUUGCUGCUGGCCCUAUCGAGAAGCGUGCCAAGAUCGCUCAGUCCUUCUCUCCUCCCUCAAGCUCUCCUCUAGCUCAAUCUUCCAACUACGUAGGAUGGAACAAUGCCUCAUACCCCAAGCACAACACUGUGCCCGGUAAGGCCUUCGACCGUAUCAUCCAAAUCUGGCUCGAGAACACCGACUACGAGGCGGCGAUCUCGACGCCUGCCAUGCAGGCUCUCUUGCCUCAAGGUGUUCUCUUCGACAACUAUUAUGCUCUCACUCACCCUUCGGAGCCCAACUACAUUGCUUCGGUCGCUGGUGACUUCUUCGGCCUUUCUGACGACAGCUUCAACCACAUCCCCACCAACAUCACUACUGUCUUCGACCUUCUCGACGACGGAGGAAAGGAUGGCAAGCCUAUCUCGUACGCUUGUUACCAGGAGAACAUGCCCUAUGACGGAUUUACCGGCUUCAAUUACUCUUCCAAGAACUACAUCUCUCCUGGCGCGCCUGACUACACCUACUACGUCCGCAAGCACAACCCUUGCGCCAUCAUGGACUACGUUUCCGGCAACAAGUCUCGUGCACUCUACAACCGCAACUUUAACGAUCUCGCUGCCGACAUUGGCAACAACACAAUACCACAGUGGAGCUUCAUCACUGCUAACAUGAUUGACGAUGGGCACGACACAACAGCUGCUUUCUUCUCGAACUGGACCAGCUACUUCCUCACCCCAUUGCUCAAGGAGCCCAAGUUCAACACGAACCGUACCCUGAUCCUCCUCACUUUCGACGAGAACGACAGCUACUCGGCUGCCAACCGCAUCUUCACUAUUGCUCUCGGUGGUGCUGUUCCGGAGAACCUGAAGAACACGACUGAUCACACGUAUCAGACCCAUUACUCUGUUUUGUCGUCGGUGCAAGCCAACUGGAACCUCAAGUCGCUCGGCCGUGGUGAUGUCAACAAGACAAUGGCCAACGUCUUCCCCUUCUGGGCUGACACUUUCGGCUACAUCAACACUCAGGUCGAUGAUGCUGACAUCCCCCAGACCAACAUUACUGGUGUUGCUCCUGGUCCUCUGUCAGACACCAGCUUCACACUUUUCUAUGCUCCUGAUGAUGUCAAGGUCACUGGUGCCGGUGGCCAGCCGGUGCUCGUCAAGAGCGGUCUCAACACCUCUCAGACCCUUGCUACCCUUCCUCAGACCAAUCUGACGGCUCUCGGUCAGAAGAACAUCUGGAACACCAACCCUGGUUAUGACAACGUGAACGUGUCGAGUAGCGGUGCUUCCGCUGGUACCUCCGGCGCCAAGACCAGCUCGGCUGCCAAGCCAGUCGUUGUCGGAAGUGGUUUUAUUGCUGGUGCCGUCUUCGCCUUCAUGGCUCUCCUCCUCUGA